AGGGACAAUCCUGUUCGAGUUGUAGAAAGCGAUCGGGACCCAUUCGCCCAUUCCGACUCGAGAAAUAUUGAGAAUUCGUAGCACAGUCAAAAUGGACGAACACAUAGUACGUGUUCAUUAACAGAAAGAAUAAAGUCGAAAAUCAUAAACGAACCAAACUAGAAAAAAGAGAAAAUUGAAUAAUAAAAGAAUAAACUGAGAGAGAGAGAGAGACGCUUUUACCUCUUUACUAUUUCAAUUGAUAAUACUGCCGAAUCGGAGCGGAACUAUUACAUUUUAACCCCACGUUUUUCGUUUUGUGUUUGUGAGGAGAAACUGGCCCGUCGCAGGACGAAGGGUGUAGAAAGAAGAACGGAUUUAACUUCCGUACCGAUUGCAGCCGAUUAUCGUUGCUUAACUUGCAGAACUUAUUGCAGGAAUCAUUACGAAGAGUGUUUGACAUGAAGAUUCCUCUAAUUUUAAAAAGGCGAAAUGCCCAGCUAUGAUGGACCUGACAAAGAGUCUGUGCGGGAAAAGAAAAAGCUUAGUUCCAAAAUGGAAAAAAGUGAUAAAAAGAAACGGUCUAAAGAUUAUGAGAAAAAGCUGAAGAAAAAACGAAAGAACAGAGAGAGUUCAGAGAGCAAAAAGUUAGUCAAGCCCUUAGUCGAGUACUCGGAUGUAAGUUCUGAAGAAUUAUCCAGCCCUGAGGCUGGAGAAAUUCAAAGUGAAGACAGUGGACAUUUAGAAUUUGCUCCGGCUUUAAUACCAGAGCGUUUUCAUUAUCGACUCUCUGCAGAUUCCAGAGAUACAUAUUCACCGUCUCCUUCUGUUGAUUCUAGAAGGAAUUGGGACGGAAAUUUGGAAAGUAAAACAAAAAAACGAAAGCUAUCACCUUCUCCCAUAUCGUACAGUAGAUCAAAAGAAAAAAAGUCAAAGAAAUCUAGUAAAAAACACAGUCCUGGUCAUAAGAGAAAAAAAAGAAAGAAAUCUCGUGAAAAAAGUAGGGAAAGGAAUAAAUCGCCUAUCCAUGUGCCAGAUUUAUUUUUAAUACAUUUUAUGAAUAAUAGUCCACAUUCUUCACUUAAUGCCCCUAAUUAUUACGACGAACUUGAAGAAAUUAAACAGUCAAAACGAAUAGAAAAUAAUAAUGGAUCAUCUUUUCCUUCAGCGGUGUCACCCCGUUCUGCAAGUGAUAUAGACUUAAAAAAUACAAACCACCCUUCUCCCCAUACUCCACCCACAGAAGAACAUCCACCUCCUCAGCCAAGCUUUUCAUCCAAUAGACGAAGUGCUCCUCAACCAGUUUCACCCUCUCGAAGUUUAGAAGAAGGUGAGAGACCUCAUCGAACACCUAGUCCAUUUGGGCCGGAAUCAAGCCCUGAUAUGGGUAGGGACAGAGACAAAAAAAGAGACAGUUCAUUAAAAAGGCAUCGAGAUUCCCCAGUUUUAAAGUCUUCAUCCUCAAACCAUAGACAUUCUGAAAAAGUUUCUGACAUGAAAAAACACAAAAGGAAGUCUCCUUCUAGAUAUGAUGUUGAUAAGCAUUCAAGAUCUUCAAGGAGACAUUCUCCAUCUCCAAGAUCGCCGAUUUCUAGGCCAAGGAGGCAGACUCCUUCUUAUGAAAGAGAAGACCGGAGGUGGACUCGGGACAAAAUGUCUCCUAGUAGAUAUAACAGACACGAAUCACCACACAGCCGAAAGAGGAGAAAGGAAAGAGAGAGCGGUGAAAAGAAGAGAGAGCGUCUUAGGGACAAACAUAAGAAAAGACGGCAUCACGAUAGCCGGUCCAAAUCCAAGAGCCCAUUGAGGAUGUUGACAAUUCGAGUGAGAAGGUCAGUAUCGAGGUCAAGGAGUUGGAAACGGACUAGAUCAAGAAGUCCCCCGAAUAUGUUAAGCCACGGUCGAUCACCUGUCCGUCAUAGCAGAAGUCCUCCAAUUGCUAGACAUAGUCGUUCCCCAAUGCAUAAGAGAAGCUUGAAGAGCCGUCCUUCGCGAUCUCCUUCCCAUAGUCCAUCUAGUCUUAGAAAAGUCCGUGAAAUAUCUGCUAAAGUCAAAAUGAGUGAGACAUCACUGUUUGCAGAACUUGUCAAAGACAGAAAUAUGCGAGAGCUUGCCAUGAAACGUUUGGCUGAACUUGCAGAAAAAAAAGAGACAGUUGAAGAAAAUUCAAAUUCGGUCGAAGCGAAGGAAGAACCAGAGGUCAUUUCUCAAUUUGAUAAAUGUGAAGAUAUUCAAGGCGAAGAUGAAAUAACUGUUUGCGAAAUGAUGGACUCAAAUGAUGCCACUAGAGACGAACUGAAUCCUCUGACAUCAACAGUAUUCAUUCCACCUCCGAUCCCUCCACCGGAUUGCCUUCCUCCUGAAAUACCUCCUCCGCCUAUUCCUCCUCUAGAGCUAAUGCAGCCAGUGGAUGAAGCUCCUCCGAUCACUUCACCGCAGGGUAGAGUACCAAAGAAUCUCCAUCCUCCCAAACUUCCUAUGCCUCCUGGUAUUAAUCAAAACGAUCUAGAAAGCAUAGAUUCACCUCCAAGUGGAUCUCCCAGUCCUUUCUCUGACAAACCUGUUCCUCAAGGGAAAAAGAGCAUUAGAGACCUUCCUCUUCCAGCUGUAGCUGGUGCCGAAGAGCUCAGUGCUGAAGAGGAUAUUAGUAGUACACCACCUCACAGUUUUACAAAAAAAAUGGCCACUCAACCCAGUAGCCCAGCACUUCAACAAAGAAUGAGAGCUGUGAGUGGGCAUAUCGCAAGAAAAUCAGUGGGACGACUGACACGACCUAAGAUUCUCUAUAAAGGAAAAACUAAACCAACUCCUGCUAGUAAAACCUGGGGAGAAAGAUGUGUGGACGUUUUUGAAGUAAUAGCUCUCAUAGGGGAAGGCACCUACGGUCAAGUCUAUAAAGCUAAAGACCGACAGCAAGAGCUUGUUGCCCUUAAGAAAGUGCGUCUUGAAAAUGAGAAAGAGGGAUUUCCUGUUACGGCUGUACGUGAAAUUAAAAUUCUGAGACAAUUGAACCACAAAAACAUAGUAAAUCUGAGGGAAAUAGUUACGGACAAGCAGGAUGCACUUGACUUUCGUAAGGAUAAAGGUUCUUUCUAUCUUGUUUUUGAAUACAUGGAUCACGAUCUUCACGGGCUGCUUGAAUCUGGUAUGGUAGAUUUCGCAGAACAGCACAAUGCUAGUAUAAUGAGGCAGCUUUUAGAAGGAUUGAACUACUGCCACAAAAAAAACUUUUUACAUAGGGAUAUAAAAUGUAGCAAUAUUCUAAUGAAUAAUAGGGGUGAGGUCAAACUGGCUGACUUUGGCCUGGCUCGAUUGUAUAAUGCUGAGGACAGGCAAAGACCUUAUACAAACAAAGUAAUAACAUUAUGGUAUAGACCUCCAGAACUGUUGUUAGGGGAGGAAAGGUAUGGACCAGCGAUUGAUAUCUGGUCGUGUGGAUGUAUACUUGGUGAAUUGUUCCUAAAAAAACCACUUUUCCAGCAGAGUAACGAGAUGAUGCAGUUAGAGAUAAUUUCAAGACUUUGUGGAACACCGACCCCCGCUGUCUGGCCACUUGUGAUAGAACUCCCUCUGUGGCAUUUGCUCAAGUCAAAGAAAAUUCAUAGAAGAAGGUUGAGGGAUGAGUUCGCAUUUAUGCCUUCUUCAGCUCUGGAUCUCCUGGAUAGAAUGUUGGUAUUAGAUCCAAACAAGAGGAUAACAGCAGAAAUGGCACUCAAAUCAGCCUGGCUGAGAAAUAUUGUUCCAGAAAAGAUGGCACCGCCACAGCUUCCAACUUGGCAGGAUUGCCACGAGUUAUGGAGCAAAAAACAAAGGAAACAGAUGAAAGGGCUUAAUGAACAGCAGCAAGCUCUUCAAAGAGGCCACCGAGGCGAUGAUAACUGUGAUAAUGCUGGAGGAUCUCCAAAUAAAUCAAGAAUAGAUCGCCUUUGUCUAGACAGUUCAUCCAAGGCACUCAAGAUGGAAGCUGCUGGACUAAAUUCCAGACGAGUUCCAUACCACAACAUAAUGGCGCCCCAGGUUGAUUCGCCUUGUGCAAACACACCUCCUGUUCCAAGGCCUGUUAUCAAACCCAGUCCAGAGGAUCUGCUUAAUAAACAGCUUGCUGGGCUUUCUCAUUGUCUGUCCAACAGUCUGCCAAUUAGGGUUCACCAGCUUCUUGCUCUCCAUUCCGAUAAGGAUGGAGAUCCAGUUACACAUCAACUAGUCGAAAGUUUACGUACAGAGUUAAGGACUGCAGCAAGUAACAAUGGGAGUGGGAAACUUGACCCAAAGCAAAUGGUGUUUUAUCCACAGGGUGAUGCUGUAAGUGGAUCAAAUAUUUGUGGAACUCUAUCGUCAGGGGUUCUAGCAACUGAAGGUGUGCGAUUAACACUGUCAACCCUGAUGUCAAGGUUCAACCAGACUGCAGCAGCAGCGGUUUUACAUCCUCACAACAAUAACUGAAUUAAUUCUAAUUAAACCAAAACAAAAAAUAGUUUUGUCUUUAUAAUUUGAACACAAGAAGAACUGUGAUGGUUAGAUUAGACUCCUCAAUAACAUAAAGACAUUUCUUCUCGAGAUUUUUUCCUGUUUCGAGUGAUUUAUUUGUCUGGUGUUUCCUAUGGAUUAUAGCUGUACCUUUUAUCCAUUUAUUCCUCCAUUAGAAUAUAGAUUAUUUUGUACUUAACAUUUACAACCAACAACAGAACAAAGUGCUAUUUUAUGUAAAUAUAUAUAUGUUGAAAUGUAAAUAAUACUUUAAGAAUUUGCCAAUAAAUUGUAUACCUUGUGGGGAUAAA